AUUGCUUCUUUCAGCAUUGACAGGUUUCUGUGUAGCUAAUAUAAUUUGAGUGCAGUACACUACGAUAUAAUUCAAAAUGAAAGUGAAAGGUGAAAUGCUCAGUUGCAAGGGCAAAAGAAUGAUCAUACUGGACAAUUAUAAGUUUCGGGGGCAUAGAAAACUUCAAUCUGGUGAAAUGGCUUGGCGGUGUUCAAAUAACGCAUGCAAGGCCAAAAUAUACACAGUGGGCACUGAGAAUGAAAUUUCGAGAGAAAUGAACGAGCAUAAUCAUGCUGCGAAUGAUGCUGGCACACUUAGAAGACAAAUGUUAAACAACGCUGCAAAAAGGAGAGUUGAACAUUUGUUUUGCGAAAAACCGAAGAAAAGGACUCGACAAGAAUGGAGUAAUUACCAUGAAUCUUUGAGCACCACUACGGACGAAGAUGUGACCAGUAUUGAAACAGAACUGUGUCUCGAACCGAGGAAAAGGAUUCGGCAAGAAAGCUCCAGUGACCAUGAAUCUUUGCUCACCAUUGAGCACGUAGAUAUGACCAGUAUUGAAGCCUUUACUGCAGAAAGAGAAAUGUGUCGCAAACCGAGGAAAAGGAUUCGACAAGAAAGCUCCAGUGACCAUUCAUCUUUGGGCACCAUUGAGCACGUAGAUUUGACCAGUACUGAAACAGAUAUGUGUCUCGAAACAGAGGCCGAUAUAUUUGCAAACGAAGCCUCCCAAGAGUUUCGCGUGGAGAGCGACACCUUCGGCGAACUGAAGGUUCCCGCGGAUAAAUACUAUGGCGCCCAAACAAUGCGAUCCCAGAUCAAUUUCCCCAUCGGCGGACCCACCGAACGGAUGCCUAAACCCGUGGUGCAGGCCAUGGGCAUCCUGAAGAAGGCCGCCGCCGAGGUGAACAAGGAGUUCGGCCUGGACACCAAGGUUAGCGAGGCGAUCUCGAAGGCAGCCGACGAUGUGAUCUCCGGCAAGCUGUACGACGACCACUUCCCUCUGGUUAUUUGGCAGACGGGUUCCGGCACCCAGAGCAACAUGAAUGUGAACGAGGUGAUCAGCAACCGAGCCAUCGAACUGUUGGGCGGCAAACUGGGCAGCAAGACGCCCGUGCAUCCCAACGACCAUGUGAACAAGUCGCAGAGCUCCAACGAUACCUUCCCCACCGCCAUCCACAUUUCGGUGGCCCUGGAGCUGAACAACAACCUCAAGCCGGCGAUCAAGACGCUGCACGAUGCCCUGCGGGCCAAGUCGGAGGAGUUCAAGGACAUCAUCAAGAUCGGACGCACCCACACGAUGGACGCAGUGCCACUGACGUUGGGCCAGGAGUUCAGCGGCUACGCCCAGCAGUUGGCCUACGCCCAGGAGCGAAUUGACGCCUGCCUGCCGAGGGUCUAUGAGCUGGCUCUGGGCGGCACUGCCGUGGGCACUGGACUGAACACCCGCAAGGGAUUCGCCGAGAAGUGCGCUGCCAAGAUCGCCGAGCUCACCAAACUGCCCUUCGUUACCGCGCCCAAUAAGUUCGAGGCUCUGGCCGCCCGCGAUGCCAUGGUCGAGGUCCAUGGAGUCCUCAACACCAUCGCUGUCAGUCUGAUGAAGAUCGCCAACGACAUUCGCUUCCUGGGCUCCGGACCCCGAUGCGGCUUGGGCGAGCUGUCGCUGCCGGAGAACGAGCCCGGUAGCUCCAUCAUGCCCGGCAAGGUGAAUCCCACGCAGUGCGAGUCGCUCACGAUGCUCUCUGCCCAGGUGAUGGGCAACCAGGUGGCUGUGACCAUCGGUGGAUCCAACGGACACUUCGAGCUGAACGUGUUCAAGCCCUUGAUCGUGUCCAAUGUGCUGCGCUCAAUCCGGCUGUUGUCUGACGGCAGCAGGACCUUCACUGCCAACUGCGUCAACGGAAUCCAGGCGAACCGCGAGAACAUUGCCAAGAUCAUGAACGAGUCCCUGAUGCUGGUCACCGCCCUGAAUCCCCACAUCGGCUACGACAAGGCGGCCAAGAUCGCCAAGACGGCGCACAAGAACGGAACGACCCUCAAGGAGGAGGCCAUCAAUCUGGGCUACCUCACGGAGCAGCAGUUCAACGACUGGGUGCGCCCCGAACAGAUGCUGGGACCCAAGUAGAGUAGGCCACUCGCCCGACCUCAGUUUAAGUUCGCUUGUAUAUGAUUCGCACUGGAACACACAGAUCAAUAAUAUAAACAAAAAUGCUGAAGCAAA